AUGAAGAAUAUUACAAGAUUGUCAGAAUUUAAUGACUUAAUUGUUGAUGGUAAUGGAGAUUUUAAAUUAUUUUCAAUUGAUCAACAAAGUAAUGUAGUAUACUUUAUAACCGAGAAUAAUCAAUUAAUUAUUUAUUCACCAUCAACCAAAAAGGUUUCAAUGAGAAUUGAAUUAGAUGAACAAGAUAUAUUAAGUGAAGGUGCUAAAGUCAUCUCAAUUCAAUUCAUUCCUGAUUUAGAUGCUGUUUGUAUGGCUUCAAAUAAAGGUGAUAUUUUAAUGUAUUCAACUUCAAAUGGUGAACUUGAAUGUGUUGGUAUUAUUGGAUCUGGUAUUACAUGUAUGUCAUGGAGUCCAGAUUAUGAAUUAUUUAUUUUGGCAACAGAGAGUGAAACACUUAUUCAAAUGACAAAAGAUUGGGAAAUGAUUAAUGAAGUUUCAAUUAAUUCAUAUUUACCAGGUAAACCAAAAACAGCAACAACAACAACUAAUAAUAAUAAUUCAAAAAAUAUAAAUAAAAUACCAAUUAUAACAUGGAGAGGUGAUGGUCAAUAUUUUGCAUGUAGUAGUUAUGAAGAGGAUAUUGGUAAAAUUCAAUUAAGAAUUUGGGAAAGAUCAUUACAAUUACAUAGUAUGAAUGAAUCAGAUGUUACAGGAUUAGAGAAUCAAAUUUCAUGGAGACCAAAUGGUUCAAUGAUUGCAGUUAGUCAAAGAUUAGAACAAACCAGACAUGAUAUAUCAUUCUUUGAAAGAAAUGGUUUAAAACAUGGUGAAUUUACAUUAAGAAGUAAAGGUGAAAUUCAAUCGAUUCAAUGGUCAAGUGAUUCAGAGAUUUUAGGUAUUCAAUUAUAUUUAGAGGAUGAAAAAAGAUCAGUAUUACAAUUAUGGCAUCGUAGUAAUUAUUAUUGGUUUUUAAAACAAGAGAUUCAAUGCGGUGAUAGUAAUAAUAAUAAUACUAAUGAAAGAAUUGUAAAUAUUCAAUGGGAUUUAUCAUCACCAAUUGUUCGUGUAUUAACACAAAUUGGUCGUUUUAGUGAAUAUCGUCUUUGUUGGGAUUAUGAUGUUUCUCAAGGUUCAAGUGAAAAUAAUCCAACCACUGUUGUAAUGGUAGAUGGUAAUCAAUUGAAAUUGACACCAUUCCGUCGUUUGGUUGUCCCACCACCAAUGUCGGCCUACUCUAUUGAACUACCUGAUAGAUUGAAUUGUUUGGGUUUUUCAUUCAAUCAAAGUACCUAUCAAUUAUCAGUAAUGGUCGAUCAAUCUAUACUCAUUUAUACACCAGCAACACUACCACCAACACCAAAGGCCACACUACCAAAGAUUAAAUCGGCCAAUGGUUUAUUAGCACCAUUACCAUCGGAUUUUAAAGCAAACUUACCAAAUUAUUCAAUUGCUCCAACAUUAACCUCUAGAGUGGUAAUUGAUAGAUCCAAAUUACAACUCCACAAAAUUCGUCAUUUCCUUUGGUUAAACGCCUCAACAUUCAUUGGUGUCGAGAGUAAAACUAAUCAAAAUUCAGAUUCAAUCGUUGAGAUUGUUUUCAAUGUUUCUAGUGGUGAACUCGAGAAUAUCUAUCGUACAAGUGUUUCAACAAAGAUCUUACGUUUAACUCAUCAUUUACAAUCAUUGGAUCAAUGUUUAUUUGAAAGUAUAGAUGGUUAUCUUCACCUUUACAAUUGUUCAACAUCAGCAUCAUCAGGUGGUAAUUUAGAACAACCAACUUCAAUCUCACCAUUCAUCUAUCAAGAGAAUAUCUUUAAGUUUCCAACACCAUGUCCAUGGUUUUCAUCUUGUACAAUCAAUCAAGAGGAUUCAGUCGUUGGUUUAAAUGAUAGAAAUAAACUUUACAUCAAUCAAAGUUUACUUUGCACAGAUUGUAAUUCAUUUGCACUUCACAAUAAAUUCCUAUUGUUCACCACAGUAUCACAUGUACUUAGAUCAGUAUCAUUAUUAGCACCACCACCAACUCAACCAUUAACCUACGUCCCAGUUUCAAAUGUAAUUGGUAAUUAUGUCGGUCAUAAAUCGCAAGCAUUACAACAGCAAUCGAAUUACGAUGAUUCAAUCAGAGAUGUUGAAAGAGGUUCACGUAUCGUUGCAGUUGUACCACACGAUACUCGUUUAGUACUUCAAAUGCCAAGAGGUAAUUUAGAGGCCAUUUCACCACGUUCACUCACUUUAGCAACCAUUCGUGAAAUGAUUAACAACCAUCAAUACCUUUCUGCCUUCUUAACAAUGCGUAGAAAUCGUAUCGAUAUGAACUUUAUUUACGAUCAUAAUCCAACCGAUUUCAUUCGUCAUAUUGAAGAGUUUGUUGACCAAAUUCAACAAAUCGACUAUUUAAAUCUUUUCAUCUCUUCAUUACGUGAUGAAGAUACCACCAAAACCCUAUUCAUUGAUUUAGAGACUAAACAUUUAUUACCACCAACCAAUGUGGUUAAACCAUCCUCCAUCGUUGUUGGUAAGGUUAAUUUAGUAUGUGACUCAUUGCGUAAGGUAUUUAUGGAGAAGGAUUCAAUCAAAUUCAAUUUACCAAUCCUUACAACCUAUGUAAAGAAAUCACCACCUGAAUUGGAUCAAGUCUUACGUUUAAUUCAAUCAUUACGUGGUGAAGAAAUCAAUGAACAAGGUGAAACCAUCGUUAAUCGUUUGGCAGAGGAAUCAUUAGAUUACAUUGUUUUCUUGGUUGAUGUUAAUAAACUCUACGAUAUUGCUUUGGGUACAUACGAUUUUGAAUUGGUGAUUAUGGUUGCUCAAAAAUCUCAAAAAGAUCCAAAAGAAUAUAUCCCAUUCCUUCAAGAACUUCAAAAGAUGGAGAAAUUCUAUCAACGUUAUUCAAUCGAUAAAUAUUUAUCACGUUGGGAAUUAGCACUUUAUAAUCUUUCAAGAGCUGGUAAAAAAUAUCAACAAGAUUGUUUAGAUUUAAUUAUUUCAAAUAAAAUUUAUAAAGAAGCAUUAGUUAAUUAUGGUGGUAGUGCUGCCGAUAGUGACGAUAAUUUAAUUGAAGAAAAAGAUGAAAUGUUUAAAAAAGUUUUAAAUAUUUAUGGUGAUUAUUUAUUAGAAUCUAAUCAAUUUGAAGAUGCCGCCUAUUUAUUCUUACAAGCCAAUCAAGAAAAGAAAUCAAUCAAUGCAUUUAGAGAUGCAGGUUUAUGGGAAAAUGCAAUCUCUCAAGCCAAUAAAUUAUCCUAUACAAAGGAACAAUUGAAUCAAUUGGUCAUUGAAUUAUCGGAAAUCUUAAAACGUAAUUCAAAAUUCCAACAAGCUGCUCAAUGUUUAGAGAAAUUCCAACUUAUUGAUCAAGCAAUUCAUAUGUAUUGUGAAGGUUAUUAUUUUAAUGAAGCAUUAUUAUUGUCAUCAUCAUCAUCAUCAUCUAAUCAAGAAGAAGAACAACAAAUUAAAAUUAAAAAAUCAUUAUUAGAUUCAUUAUCAAAUCAAAUUAAUGAAAUUAAUAAUAAUUUUGAAAAAUAUGAAAAGAUGUCAACUAGAAUUGUAAUUGUUCGUACAAAUAAAUUAAAUUAUGUACCAUUGUUAUUACCAAGAGGUCAAGGUGAUUUUGAAACUGGUUCAAUGAUGUCUGGUAUGAGUGGUAUGUUUAGUGAAGGUGGUAUGUCAGUUAAUAGUGCUCUAUCGAAUGUUACUACCUCUUCUUAUGUUUCAACUUAUUCUCAACAAACUGGAACCUUUUCAACCGCUACUAAAACUCGUUUAAAAAAGAAAGAUAAGAAGCAAAAACCUCAAAAAGUUCGUAUCACCGGUAAAGAAGGUUCACCAUAUGAAGAGGAUUAUUUAGUUGAUCAAAUGAAGAAAUUAAUUCCUUCCUCAUCUCAACAAGAAUCAAUUGGUCGUAUCAUUAAAGGUUUGGUUCUUUUAGGUCUCUUUAAUGAUGCUCGUCAAUUAUCAACUCUUUAUCAAAAAUAUUUAAAUCUUAUCGAUUCUUCUUUAGAUGAUUUAUCUGCUUCUGCUACUGCUAUCUUACCAGAAAAUAAAAAAGAAAAAGAAAGAGAACAAAGAUUACAAUUAGAACAAUUAGAAGAACAACAACAACAACAACAAUCACAACAACAACAACAACAACAACAAACUUCAACUACUUCUAAUAAUAAGAUUAUAACAUUAAAUAUUAAACAAGUAGUAGUUUCAAGAGAUAAACCAAAUUGGAAUUUAACAAUUUUUUAA